AGAGUGUGAGUAGAUUUUGAAAUGACAUGAUGUAUAUUAUUUGUAUUAAAUGUGCUUAGACGUUAUAUUCUUAAGAAACGUUCAUAUGGAUUUUCUUUCUUGAGUUGUAUUAGGAAGAAUAGCAUCUCUAAUGAAGAUUGUGUGCCUAUUCAUAGUUUUCAGUGGUGUGUUGAUGAAGUCUGGAAAUGAUUAUGAGAGAACAGUAGGACAAACUGUGGAUAUCAGAUGUCCUGUUCCAGAUGAAUACACAUCUACACCAAAGUACUUUUGCCGUGAUCCGUGUGCUUCUAAGAAUGUUUUGAUUCAAACUGAAAAGACUGAUCUGGUCGUCUCAGCUGGAAGAUAUUCUGUGGUCUUCACUUUGAAUUCCAAAACCUUUGCUGUAACCAUCAGACAUCUAACACUCAAUGACUCUGGUGUUUAUUACUGUGGAAUUGAUAAAUGGUUUGGCGACAAACAAAUUAAAGUAAAGCUGUCUGUUAAAGCUCCAGCUUCUUCAUUCAGCUCCACAGACACACCUAAAGACACAGUGUCAACAUGGAUGAAAACAGACUCCUCUGCAGACAGUUCAAGCUCACCCCCAACAUUCCACUCUACAAAUUCCAAAGCACAGACUGAAUAUGUAGAAACAAAUUCUGCAGUCAAAAUGAGUGUGGUUUGGGCAGGGGUUUUCAUACUGCUGGUGUUCUUGGGUCUAGUGGCUUUGGUGUGCUUCAACCGGAGAUCAAAAUCAAAGUGUAAAGACGAAAAUGGAAAGGCAGUUCAAGAUGCAUCAAACCACAAACAGGCUGUAGAAGAUGAUGAAACUAUUAUAUUGUAUAGUUUGGUUGAUGCACCUAAAAGAGUUCAUUCGUCUUUAAUUUAUUCUACUGUGCAGUACUUUGAAAACUCAGGGUGAACUGUAAUUUAAUAAAAUAAAUACAUAUGUUAUGUUUUUUUACUUAAGCUGCUAUGGAGGCAAUGUGACAAUGCAUCCAUGAUUCUUUUCUAUAUUUGGUUGUAAUAAA